AUGUUGUGGGCUUUAAGAGAAGAAGACCGUGAAUACUUUGAGUUAGGGACGUCGUCUCUUGAACAAUACAAGCUUGCUUUCGAAAUCUUGGAGGAAGGUGGGAAAAGUAUUUGUGCAAAUCAAACAGAGUCCAAGCAGACAAAUCACAAAUACUUAGGGGAUGCUUGGUACGUGGUUUUUGUACUCAGGAAUGGAAAAGGCCCCCUUACUCUUUUCCUCUUCUUCAUCAACGGUCUGCUCUCUCUCUCUAACAAGAAGAAAAGAACAAAACUGCUGAUUUCCCGAAUCAAUAUCCUUUGGACGCGAGGAUCACGAGGCCACAGCCAGCAGAGAGAGGACAAAUGGAAGAGGGGUGCUGUUUAUAAACAACCCCAAUAUGCACCAGAAAAGGGGGAGGAAAUCGCUGGUUCUUGGUGUAGUAGUUCAAUGCUCGAGAUCAAAGGGAGAUGGGCGAUUCACGAAGAACAAAGGGAGAAGGUGGGAAGGCAGAUCGAGAUCAAUGCUCGACUUUCAGAAAGGGUCCUCAUCACAUCCCAACUGUUGAGCAGUUCCUUCAUCGAUGAAAGAAUUAGUACUCCCGCUGUUUAUCAGAAUGGUAAUCUUCCUUUUCUUUAAAUUGUCCUAAAAUCUUGAGAGUAGAAUUGUUGGCUGUGCAAUUAAGGAUUUGUACUGACAGUUCACCUCCAUCCGUAAUAACUUCUUCUUCAGUUUCUUCCUCCAAUUUCUAGUUCACCGUCUAGACCUUCAAUGCUGAAUAAUUGUCGAUUUGUGCAUUGGUGUCCUCGGGUAUACUUCUCGUCACAUUUGAAACAAAUUCCUAGUUUUUUCUUUUCUCUAAUUAAGGCCCAAUUGACAUCCCGGGUAGUAGGUUCUGUCUUGGAAGUUAUCCAUUUGUCUUUAUUCCCUCCAUUAGUAUAGUCAUGCCAUGCUGUCUUUGGGUGGUUUGAUCGAAUAGUUUCUCUCGUUGUUCGUCCAGUAUUUUUGCUUCUUGGAUAAUAGAGAUAGAAAUUCAUCUUUUUUCUUUGCCA